AUGACUCAGUCAUAUCAAAUUCUUUUCCUGCUUCCACUUUUCCUCUUACCUUUUAUCUUUUUUCUCCUCAAACUUAACAAAUCAUCCAAAAUACCACAACUUCCACCAGGACCAAAACCAUGGCCAAUCCUAGGAAACAUUCUUCAUAUGGGCAAAAUGCCUCACAUAACUUUGACAACUUUUGCAAAAACUUAUGGUCCCCUUAUGUCUCUCAAACUUGGAACUAAAUGUCUAGUUGUUGGAUCAUCACCUUCUGCUGCUAUAGAAAUCCUUAAAACACAUGAUAAAAUCCUAUCUGGUAGACAUGUUCCAAAUGCAUUUCCAUUCAAAAAAUCAGAACUUGAAAAGUCAUCAAUAGGCUGGACUUCUGAAUGUAACAAUGAAUGGAGAUACUUAAGAACUUUAUGUAGAACUGAGCUUUUCUCAGGCAAAGUAUUGGAGUCUCAAGCUUGUUCGAGGGAGGAAAAGGCGAUAGAACUCGUAGAAUUCUUGAGAUCAAAAGAAGGUCAAGUGAUCAAUCUUGGAGAGUUAAUUUUUGCAACUGUGUUGAACAUGUUGAGUAAUGUAAUGAUAUCUCAAGAUAUUGUUAAGUUGGAGAAAGAAAUAGAAGAUGGUGGGACAAAAAGUCUAAUAAGGGAAGCAAUGGAAGUAGGCUCUGCUCCAAAUAUAUCUGAUUUUUAUCCAUUUUUGAGUAAACUUGAUCUUCAAGGUUUGCGCAGAAAAUCUAUGGUUUUAAUGUCAAAGAUUCGUUCUAAGACGUGGGAACGGAUUGUUAAGGAAAGAAGGAAAAGUAAAGAGACUGGUUCUACUAGCCAACAAGAUUUCUUGGAAACUCUCCUUAACAAUGGUUUUACCAAUGAUGCUAUCCAUCAACUAUUUAUGGAGUUAUUCACUGCUGGUACAGACACCACUACCUCAACAAUUGAGUGGGCGAUGGCAGAACUGAUUAAAUAUGAAGAGUCAAUGGAGAAACUUCAAGAUGAGCUCGGGAGAGAACUCAUCGAAAGUGAUUUCCCAAACGAAUCUAAACUGCUGCAGAUGUCCUAUAUUCAAGCAUGUGUAAAGGAAACACUUAGGUUGCAUCCUCCAGGUCCAUUUCUACUUCCACAUCGUGCUAUUGAAACAUGCCAAGUGAUGAGUUACACAAUUCCAAAAGACGCUCAAGUCUUGGUUAACAUAUGGGCCAUCGGGAGGGAUCCUACGAUAUGGAAAGAGCCAGAGAUGUUUCGACCACAAAGGUUUCUGAGUUCCAAUAUGGACUUCAAAGGGAAUGACUUUGAAUUCUUACCAUUCGGUUCAGGAAGGAGAAUAUGCCCAGGCCUACCUAUGGCUGCAAAAAGUGUUCCUUUAGUCCUUGCUUCACUUGUUCAUUUCUUUGAUUGGGAGCUUCCGAAUGGAAAAUGUUCCAUCGAUCUAGACAUGAACGAAAAGUUUGGAGUAACACUGCAGAAGAAAGAACCACUGCUUCUAAUUCCCAAAGCUAGAAAAUGAUAAUUGGGAUACUAUCAAUAUCUCUUAUGUGCGCUAUCUCCUGCAUUGUGCAUAAGCUCGCACGAUGAUACAGA